CGUCCGGGGAAUGAUUUUGCUACAGACUCUCUGGAGAGCCCAGGAGCUGAAUUCCUGAAGAUUCCCACAUCGAUGAAAGCAAAGCCCCACCACGCAGCCUGCACCAUGUCCACCUCCCUCCGAGUGAGCCCGUCCGUCCACGGCUACCACUUCGACACGGCCUCCCGUAAGAAAGCGGUGGGCAACAUCUUUGAAAACAUCGACCAAGAGGCCCUACAGAGGCUCUUCAAGAACUCUGGGGACAAGAAAGCCGAGGAGAGAGCCAAGAUCAUUUUUGCCAGAGACCAAGAUCUGGAGGAGAAAACGCGAGCCCUGAUGGCCCUGAAAAAGAGGACGAAAGACAAGCUCUUCCAGUUUCUGAAACUGCGGAAAUAUUCCAUCAAAGUUCACUGAGGACCAGAAAACGGAUAAGGACGUUAUCCCAGAAUGGACGUUUGAAGACCCAGCGUGGCUGUGAGACCCUAACACACGGCAUCAUCUUGCUGCCUUGCACACUUCUCCGCUCAGGGGACUCCGGGGUCUCGGAGGCAGGAAAGGCACAGAACAAACUGGUGACAGAGACUCCAACCAAUUUCACGCCCGUGCUUGUGCUGUUCCAGAGGAGAAGGAAACGCGUUCAGCAAAGACUGGAAAACUCUCCCUGCGGGCAAGGACUGAUGCUCAUGUCAGGAGGAGAGUCUGGACAGAUGUCCUGAGGACUGAAACGGAUGAUAACAGAAGGAUAGGGAAGAAACGCAGCCACAGUCUCUUUGUCAGGCCCUGGGACUUCAAUUCAACCUGGACUUCUUUUUUCCUUAACCAAGCUGGGUAAGGGGAGGGAGGAGGGAGAGAGGGGAACAGGAAAGAGAAUCCCACCCUGCAAUCAUUGACUGAAUUUUUUAUUUGAAUGUUCAAAGUGUUGCGAAGCUUCGAGGUUGUCUAUUGGAAGAUUUUUUAAAAAAGAGAUCAGUAAUUGAUUAUUUAUUUGCAUUUAUGACAAUGCCUUAAAAAUUGCACCGCAUGGGUGUUAAGUACAAAAUUCAAGGAACUGCAGUAUUUUCAGCCGCUCAGAAAAGCCGGAUGCCACCUUCUGGUUUGUAAGGGGAUUUUUUUUUUAAAUGCAUUUCAAACUGGUUGCACAAAAGUUAAAAUGAGGGGGGGGGGGUUCCUUCACAAAACCGAAGUACUGUGAACAGAUUUUAUAAUUUUUAAAUCUUCUAACUAAAGCUAAAAUAUAAUCUAAAUUUCUUACAGUUACUGCAGUAAGCGUUAGGAAAUGAAUAUGAUACACUAAAUAGUUUAUAAAGAUGCUAUGGUUUCUAUAAUUUAUUAUACAUGACAAAUGAUAUGCAACCUUAAUAAAUUAUUAUAAGCUUAGCUGCUCUUGGUGUGCGGUGAUUGAUCUCAAAAGGAAAGUCAGAUGGCAAUUUUUAUUAUUAUAAACUUGUAUAAAUUGUUAUAAACUAGUCUAAGGAUUUCACUCUGGGAGGCGGCUUUACCUUAAUUGCCAAACUUAUUCAAAGCAAAGUCUUACAUCAAAUAUCAAGAAAGUUUCUCUGUUCCAACUUUAAAAUGUAAGAUACAGACAUAGAAAUUCUACUUUGACUCAUCAAUAUUGUUUAAGUAUGCAUAGAGGGUGAGUUUUAAAAGGUUUUUCUCUCCAUAUUUGAAAAUUUUCCUCUGUGGCUAUGGUAGCUGAAUACAUUUGGACAUUUAUUUCUCCCAAAGCAAUCUAUUUGGGGGUUAGAGUCUGAAUUAUGAUCAAGAUUUUGUGGGUUAUCAAUGUUUAUUUAAUAUAAAGCCUACAUGGGAAUAA